AUGCCUGAAAAACAGAGACUUUGGGUCCUCCCGUGGGGCCUGUAUCCACGCCGGGUAACCAUCUACCUCGAGGAGAAAGGGAUCCUGGACAAACUCGAUGUUGUUCCAGUCAAUAUCACGACGCAAGGCAUGGAUCAGCCACCUGGGAAGCCAGCGGGUUCCAUGCCUAUACUUGAAGUCAAGCGACCGAGCAGUGAGGGAGCGGAGGACGGGGUUUACAUUGUGCAGAGCGUUGCACUACUCGAGUACCUCGAAGACCAAUACGGCCCAGGCUCAGGAACACCAGACAUGCGAGGCUCAACCCCCGAAGAGCGAGCCAAAGUGCGGGACUGCAUGAGCGUCAUCUGCGAAGCGACCGACUUCUUCGGCUUCUACUGCCACAAUGCAUCAAAGCUCUUCUCGACCAUGGAGGAGCAGAGCGAAGGCGCUGCAAAGCAAGCGCUCGCGAGGACGCAUCAUAUGCUCAGCAGUCUGGAGAAGAUGGCUGAUGCGAAGGGGCCGUGGCUUGCGAGUUCCGGCGACCACCCGAUGCUUGUUGAUUGCAUUGCCAUGUCUACGAUGCAAUUUGCUGAAGCGGUAUACAAGGUUGAUCUGACGGAAGACCAUCCACGGUUGAAGAAACUGUUUGAUGCUUUCAGUGCCAGGGAGAGUGCGAAGAUGGAGGAAGUGCCGGACUUUGUACAGGCGAUGGCGCCUGAGAUGUCUGUAAGGUAG